UUUCUCUCUCUCUCUCUCUCUAUACUCUAUAAUCUAUUGUGUUUUGAUUCUAUUUCUACAGUUGCAGUAGCAGAUCAGCAGAAAACAGGAGAUGGCAGCCAACCCAGAUGCGUCUGACGUAUCAUCAUUCGUGGAGCAACUGGAAAGGAGGAGCAGGGAUCUAUCUCUGCGUCUUCCCCUCAUACUGGGGAUAUCGAGUAGCUCUACGACGAGAGAACCCAGUAGCGAUUCAGAUCAAGAAAGUGAGGAAAGGAGGAUGGAUCGUAUCAUCCUCAUAAACCCUAUAACCCAGGGUAUGAUCGUGAUCGAAGGGGGUAGGAGUUUGGAAUCUCUGCUUCGAGAUGCCUUGACCAAAGAAGGUUUGCCUCCGGCAUCGAAAGCCUCUAUCGAGGAGAUGCCGACGGUGGAAAUUACCCUAGAGGAUUUGGAUAAGGAGUGUUCGAUCUGUUUGGAUGGAUGGGAAAUUGGUGGGGAGGCAAAGGAGAUGCCCUGCAAGCACAGGCACCAUGCGGGUUGUAUAGAGAAGUGGUUGAGGAUGCACGGGUCUUGCCCUGUUUGCAGGUUUGAGAUGCCGAAUGACGAAGAGGAGUGUAGGAAGAGAGGCCGUGGUGAUCAUGAUGGAGAUAGUGAAGAUGAUGAAGGGAGAGAGAGGAGGGCUGAUAGGGGAGAGAUUUGGGUCACUUUCUCUUUCUCUAAUAGCAGUGAUGGUGAUAGGGAUUCAACAACAACAACUACUACUACUGCAACUGAGUCUUCUUCUGAUUCUUCUCCAAACACUUCCAAUGACGAUGGAACAUCAAAUAAUUCUAACCCUUAGGAGAAUUAAGCAGUU